AUGAACAUGGAAGUCGUCAAAGAAAUUUUGAAAGUUAUUGGAAUUAUUGUUUUGAUUUAUUUAUUUAAAGCAGUCCAUAAGAUUAUAUAUAUAGCAUAUUUUGGACCAUUAAGUAAACUUCCAGGUCCAAAAUUAUUUUUCUUGUCAAGAUUAUUUAUAUCUUUUCAACAAUUUACCGGUAAAAGAUGGGAAUUCAUACAAUUUAAAAUAAUUCCAAAAUAUGGUAGAAUAGUUAGGCUUGGACCAGAACUUGUCUUAAUCGCAGAUAAGGAUUUAAUUAAAGAUAUGGUUGUGACAAGUGAAUUUCCAAAAAGCAGAAACUAUCUGAGAAUUCGGGCGGAUUCCAGUAGCGAAACUUUAUUUUCUACAAUUGACAAGAAAUUUCACAAACAACGCCGUAGAACUUUAUCACCAGCAUUUUCUAUAAAGUACAUGUCAUCACUUGAACCAUUGAUGGAAACUUGUAUUAAAGAUCUAAUAAUUAAAGUUGAUGAAUUGAUUAAUAAUGAUAAUUAUGAUAACAAGGAGAAAUUUGAUGAUGAUAGUAAUGAUGACAGGUCAAAUGCAAAUACAGCGGCAACUUUUAAUAUUCUUAGAUUAGUUCAAAGUUGUGCUAUUGAUAUAAUCGGAGAGACGUCGUUUGGUGGUAAAUUUGAUGGUAUAAAAACUGUUAAUCAUCCUUUACCAGGCAAAGUUUGGUUAGAAUUACGUAGAAGAAUUUUGAGAUCAAUGCUUCCAUUAUUAAAACCAUUUUUUAGAAUGGAUCCUUAUUUAAAAGAGGCUUCAAAUAAAAGUAAAGAUAUCGAUGAUGGAUAUUAUGAUGGUGAGAAUGGGGCGUUACUUAAACAUGAGCAACUUAAAGGGUUACCGUAUCUGAACGCUGUUAUUCAUGAAACCAUGAGAUUAUGGCCUGUAGUUUUGGAUGGAGGAAUCGGUAGGGCACCAACUGAAGAUAUUAUUGUUAAAGGAUAUUUAAUACCAAAGGAUACAAAUUUAAUGAUAAAUUAUUAUACGCUGCAUCAUGAUCCUGAAUAUUGGGGAGCAGAUGUGGAAAAUUUUAUUCCUGAAAGAUGGUUCGAUAUUGACAAAUUACCAAAGGACUCGUUUUAUCCAUUUUCUGCAGGUGCGAGAAAUUGUAUUGGACAAAAUUUUGCAAUGAUGGAAAUGAGAUUAAUCAUUGGCUCGUUGAUUUAUAAAUAUGAUAUAGAAAAUUUACCAAAUCAAAAUAUCGACAUUGUACACUAUUUUACACCAACGCUAAGAGACCAAUGUUAUCAGUUAAAGUUUCGUAAACGUCAACAGACGCAACGCACAAAUGAAUGA